UAUAAACUGCUGAGAGCAGCUAUGACACCUGCUCUCCAAGAGAAAGUAAUGAAAGGUCCUGGUAUCUGUUUAUCCUCUUCAAAAGCUAUGGAGUCCAAUGAAACGCUGGGCAUGGGAAAUACCAAAUCCAUCAAAGAGAAGAUAAAGGAGGAUUCUGUUGCACAGAUUACUUACUCAGUGCUGGGGUUUCCUACGCCACACUCCAACGUCCACGGCGAUUUCUUUAAUUUAAAGUGCUUUGGUUCCCAGUCUUCUAAACAAUAUCCCAUAUACAAUAAACAUCGUAUGCAGAGGAACUUGGAAGAACAAAAUCGUUACAAGAUGAGAAAUCCUUUAUGUAACAGCACAAAUACAUGCUUCCAUCAGCUUAUUAAUUCAGAAUCCAGGGAGCCGAUCCAAGGGGAAACUUUAGUAGAGGCAACGGCACAGAACUCUUCAGAAAUGGGGGAUCCAUUGGAGCCAUGUAUAACCGGAUCCAGUCAUGCAGAAGAAAGGCGGCUCCAUAACUGUAAAUGGUACGGGAAGAAUGGCUUUUUAAAUAAAGCUUUAUUUGUAAAUACUGAGAUGAAAGAAGGAAAUGUAUUCCAUCAGUUUCAUCCCGAAACCCUGGAAACAAAAAUGGACUGCAGUCCCAGUAGUAAAGAACAGGAGUUGAAUUUUCGCUUACUUCAGUGUGUAAACAAGCAGCAGGUUUUGCUUAGCCGUGCCAAAAGAACUCAGAAACAUUUGCAGAUACUCUUGGCAAAACAUGUUGUCAAGCAUUGUGACCAGCAGAUGAAAUGCUUUGUUAGACAUCAGCUACGGAGAAUAAAAGCUUUUCAUAAUUCAAACAGAACAUCGGACGGCAGUUUUCAUAGGCAUGCUGAAAUCAAAACACAAAACAAUAUUCUGAAGACAAAUGUGAAUAAACACCUACGGCAUGAUUUCACUGUUACCCCUAGUGAAAUUAAGGUAUUUGCAUGCUCCGCCACUGGACUACUGUCUCAAGUGGAAGAGGAUUUGGACUCUGAGGCCACUUGUAGCAGCUCCAGUGAAGAGGACGAUGAGCAGAUUUCCAGAAAAGCUGUAGCAGUUAAUUAUAGAUCUGACUGGCAGUGGCUGGUGGACAGAGCUAAAAUUGGCUGCCGUUGGACAUGGCUUCAAGCUCAGAUUUCGGAGAUAGAGUACAAAAUUCAACAACUCACUGACCUUCAUAGACAGAUCCGUGCCACUAAGGGGAUGGUGAUCUUAGAAGAAUUUCCAACUCCAAAGGACAUCCUGAAGAAGCAAACACAAUUGACAGAUGAAGAAGCUUUAUUACACACCACAGGGAAUUCUCAAGCCCCUCUUGAAAGGCAGGAUGCUUGGCUAGAAAAUGAUUUUGAAAUGUCACCAAGCAGUCCAACUCUGCUUCUCCAAAACAUAGAGAAACAGAGUGCUCAGCUGAGUGAAAUAAUCAGCAGUCUAAUGGCUCCAUUCAGUCUUUCUCCUACGUCCUCUCCUCUCUCUUCAAAGUCCUGUAAACAGAAAGAUUUGGUCAAUGGCAUCUCUCUAAGAGGAACAGAGAGUAAUGAGGAAAUCUCAUCUUCUGGAAGUUGGCUGGUUGACCAGCAACACCUGAAGAGAAGAAGGAAAGAGAAGACAAGGCUUAAAACAUCGUCUGUUUUUGUGAUGAGCACGUCUGCUCGCACCAGACCCGUUCGGAGUUUCCAGAGGAGAAAAUUGUAUAAACUGAGGACAGUGUGCAAUUCAAACCAGCAGGCUAUGCCAUUGAGAGAUGCUUUGCUUCAUUCUAACGCAGACCAGGUGGUCCCAGCCUGCACUUGGAACAGUUACGAACGCCUCAGCAAGCAGUUUAUGUUAGAACUUGACUCUUCAUUCCAUCCUAUCUUAUCAUUCCCAUCAGAUAUUCCUCUUCAUGUACAUUUGAAAGCCCUGCUUCAGAAGCGUGAUAUCAAAAGUGACCCUUUUGAAACUUCUGCCCUUAGCUUGGAGUGUGAAAUGUCUCCAUCUAAUGAAUGUAGUCAGUACAAAGCCUCUCUUCGGCAGUGGAGCUGUGGAUAUCAGCCCAGUUCCAACCAUCAGGCUUCAUUGGAAAUACCUGCGCUAAUACCAGAAGGCAGAAAGAAAAGACAUUUAAGCGAAACAGCGAUUGGAGAAAGCCACAAUAGAUUUGAAACGUUUUCCUUCCAGCAACAACAGGAAUCCCACAACCAUUUUCCAGGAGCUGCCAUUGGCGACAUGUGUCGGUCUAGUGACAGUGUAUCAUCACAGCUCAAUUCAAGACGGAGACUAAGAAGUGAGAGUUCCUAUGACAUAGAUAACAUAGUUAUCCCGAUGUCGCUGGUUGCACCAUCUAAAUUGGAGAAGCUGCAGUAUAAAGAGAUUCUCACUCCAAGCUGGAGGACUGUGAGCUUUGCACCUUUGGGAAGUCUCCGUGAAGAUGAAAAGGUGGAAGAUGUGUCUGAUGACGUCUAUUCUUCACGGCAUGCAAAAUAUGAAGAGAAAGAGAGAGCACGGUGGUCGCUCUGGGAGCAGUGCCAGUGGCCCAAAAGGAACAGAACAUACAGCAGAAGUUCAGAGGGAUACGAUACAGCGCUGAAACAUGAUCUCUCUGAUUUCACACACUGUUUUGGUGAAAAUACUGUCGACGCUUCAGAAAUGGACAGUUCUCUCUGCUCGACUGUAUCACGGUCAUUAGAAAGAAACCAAGAACCUCUUUUGUGGGAACAUCGGACUUUUCCACUCAAGGAGAAAGAAGCAGAAGCUUUAAUAAGCCAAGAGCGAAUUUCAGUUCAUCAAGGAAGUUAUGCCGUGACCACCCGCAGUGACUCGAACUGUCCUUUACACUCUGCCUUCUGCUUGCCGAACCACCACGAACUGCACAAGAAAAGGUCUGCUGAUGAGGUGGCAGACUGCAACCACAUUUCCUUGGGAAUUAGCAGCACAAGAAAACCCAGGUGACCCAAAAGAAUGGGGCUGAUUGAGAAAGCCAGUCUGGACAAAGGAUGCGCAAGGCAGAACAAGACCACAAGGGCAGUUUCUUUUUUUUCCUGAACCACAAGGAAAAUACUUCCAGUCUGGAAAUCUAACACUUCUGUGUCAAAAAUGGAUGAUCCUAAACUGCAACCACCGCUUAUAGCAGCAUCUUAAAAUCGUCACUUUUUUUCAGAUGUUCAAGCAUAUGUAGUGUAGCAAAGAAUGCUUUCCUAUUUAGUGAAGCAACAAUUUCAACUGACCUCAGAAAAGCUGCGCAGCAUUGCGCUGGGGUUGCUGGUAAGCUUGUGUAGCCUCCAAACACUGCCCCCUUUAAGUAAAGCUUUUUACCUUGUGAGGAAUCAACCUUUGCACAUCUGAGAUGCACCAUAAAGUUACUGAAUUCUCUCACUAGGGAAAGCCUAAACAUUUUACACAGAGCAGCAGAAAAUCAACAUAAAUAAUUUUUCCCCUUUAUUUCACAACGGAAAGGAUUGAGACAUCCAAAUCCUAUGCUGGUGGAGCUGCUAUUCUGAAAUAUAUAUUAAAUUUAAAAUUUAUUUUUAUCACUCAAUUACAGGUUAUUGAGGAAGCCACCACUUGCUUAAACCUUUCCCCAAGCCUUAUACACAUGUAAAACUGUGUACUUGGUUAUAGCUGAGCAGCACGAGUGUCUGUUCCAUACCCGGCAGUACAUAAUAUAGAGAAGUAGAAAUUUAAUUAACAAGUCAACAUUACAAACAAGACGAUUUUAGAUACAUUAAAGAAAAAAUAUUUGCAUACUCCAAAUUCCAAAUAACAGUGUUUGGAAUGUUAUUUGCAUCCUCUGGUGAUACAGUAGACGAUGUCGUACAGGCUUACCGUUCACAUUCAGCAGUGCCCAUUCAAAAUGGCUACACACUGCUGUGAAAGUAGCUCUUCCGUGAGGCACAGUUGAAGGCACUGAAGAAAGCAACAUUGGUAAAGAAACUUUACGGCAGUACAACCAAGUUAUGCCGGGUAGCCAGCUGAUUAUUAGUCUCUCCCCACCCCAUACCUUCAUGGACUCAAAGUACACUGAAUAUUGGGGAAACAUUCAGUUGCAUUUCAGCACCACAGCCUCUGUUAAGAUUGUAGUUUACUGCAAAUGUUGGUUUAAACUUUUUUUGAACACUUGUCCAGUGAAUGAAUUACUCUUGAAUCUUGCCUAUAUCUUAAACAGCCAUUUUCAAUGCAAGGUUUUGCAAUUAAAAAUUAUUUCUUUAUAGUGAA